GCAUUCCCCCAAACAGGUCUGUCGUUGACUCAGCCGCAUUACACAGUCGGGUGGGGCGUUUUGCUCUAUAAGUCGACCGAAGAAGACAAAGGUGUCACUGCGCGCACACCUUCAUUACGGCGGGCGGCUUCGACACGACGCACCGACUCUAGCGGACCUGGUGCGCCCUCACGUUUCCUUAUUCACACCCCCGUCGCUGCCGACACCGACAGACCCGUCAUGUUUCGCUGUGGGAUCGCCUACCCCAGGUGCAGGUGGAUCGUGCCCCUGCUUUUGCUCUUCGCCAUUAUUUUCGAUAUCAUCGCAAUCGCGGCCACUUCGGGCUGGGUGGAGGAUGAAGACGCCAAGUCGCACUACGCCAGCAUGUGGGAGCAGUGCCGGGGCAGGAAUAACAACUGGGGCUGCAAGUCGCUCAUGGAGUUCCCUUGGGCCCAGGCAGUCGCUGCUCUGAUGAUCAUUGGCCUCAUCAUCCUCAUCAUCGCCUUCAUCAUUUCCUGCGUGGCUCUGUGUUGCACAUUUAAUGUCAGCCUUCUGCCACUUAUAGGAGGACUGCUGUUUCUUGUCGUGAUUCUGCAGUUCAUUGCUCUGAUCAUCUACCCGGUCAAGUUCAACACGCAGAUCGUCGAGGGCCACUAUGACUACACGUGGGCCUACGGCUUCGGCUGGGGUGCCACCAUCCUCGCCAUCGGCUGUGCCAUCCUCUUCUGCUGCCUGCCACGCUAUGAGGAUGAGCUGACAGGCCUGGCCAAGACCAAAUACAUCUAUACUUCUGGCUAAAGACUGAAGCUACCCAUCUAGUCAGUUACUUUUCCACCUUUUCUUCAACAUGGAUCUGUGCCGUGCCGACCACUGAGCAUUCCCAAUUACAUUGUCCCCAUUCCGCUUUAUCCCCAGCAGCUGUGAUAGAAAUGUGCCCAGGCCUGAACAGCACAACCUGGCUCGGUUCAGAUGAAGUGGAGAAAUCCACCACUUUCAACCAUUGGCGUUUGAGGAAACAAAUUGAAUAAGUCUAAUUGGACUUGGAGUGUGAUUGGGCAUUGUUGGGGUCUAACUACUUUUUUUAGGAUCUCUAUUUUUGAUCAAGUCAGCCACAUAAAUCACAGUUGUUUGCUAUAGUAAUUUGUCACAUCCUGGGAAUAGAGCAUAUUCCUCAUUUUACCCGUACUUUUAACCUUUAAUAGCUGUCAAUGCAAUAUCACCCAAGUGCACUUAAUAUGAGAGAAAUUGAGUAAGGCACAGCCUCGAGGUGGUUUGUGUCAGACGCUGUUUUAGACCUUGGUUAGCUCUGGUGUGAAUUGCUCGCCCACUUGUCCAGUGGCUUUUGCACAAGAUGCAAGUUGUGGAAAUAAUUGUGCUGUGUGUAUUUUUUUUUAAUUUACUUUGUCUUGUGUGUGAAAAAAUGUCCCCCCCCCCCAAUCCUGUCAUGUACACUAACUGGAUGUAGUGUUGCGUAGGUUGCUGUGUAUGAGGGAACGAGCAAAGAGGGGCAUAGAUUCAGAAACCGAUUGUGUUUCAUGCAGAAUCUCAAAAGGCAAUGUAAAUGUACUUAAGUAGUCUCAUUUUGUGUGUCUGUCACCUUUUUUUAGACAUUUAAAAAAAAAAAUCCGCUGUUCCAAAAAUAAUGUUUUCUCUCUUUACUAGUGGAGGGUAAGACUAUGGGUGCUUGCUGUCUUGUCUCUACAUCUGUGUCGAAGACUCGUAAUGGUAUUUACUAGUAGUAAUAUGGCAAGUAGAAGAAGACCACGUUUGUAUAGGGUGUCUGAAACACUUAGUGCAUUCCUUACAUAGGUUAUUAAAAGCUCAACACUUGGUUUAUUGACCACCUUUGCUUUAAUUUACACUAGACAGAUUGGCCUACUGGUCAACAUCGUACUUCAUAGGUCUCCUCAGAUCUGGUCUAAAAAUGUUCCCGGUCUUGUCGCCGAAUAGGCUGACCGUCGUCCAUUGACCCUCAUUUCACUAAACAUUUUCCCAUUCAUGCCUGCUGGUUGGAAGAUAACAAAAAUAGAUUGUAUUGUUUUGCUAACUUCAUACGAAUGAGGACGGUCCCUGUUUAGAAAGAAGUUUGUUUUCGUCCCCUCAGGGUCAAUGGACCACGGUUUGGGAAUCGGCGAGCCUAAACAAUUGACUCAAACUGGCAAAAUUAGUCAGUCGAGGAAAUAUACCAAAAUUUCGUCACGACCGUAGACAGUCCAAAGCAUACCCUCGGCGCCUGCCUUUUAAAUGACGUCAUGUGACUACGUUCUGGUUUAAAGGGAAUGAUAAAAUGUUGGAAAUGCAUAAAAACACUUGUUUAAAAUGCUGGAGGGUUUUACACUUUAUAUUUUCUACUUCGUACCUAAUUGGUGUCAAAGAGACGGAUGGGGAGGGAGGUGGCAGUCUUUCAUUUGAAUACUGCAAAAAUGGGUUUGACAAGUUUCAUCGACUCCAAGUGAGUAUAAAAGAAAUUGGUUUCCGCUCAAUUACAAUAUUCCACACACACACACACACACACACAAAAAGAGAUUUGUUAGAUAGAAGUGCCUUAACUUCAUCAUGCAUUAUGAUCUUGAUAAAAUAUAGAUUUCCCUAUCAAAGUACUAAAAUUCAGUUUAAGUGAUGUAAUGUUAAGCGAGCACAUACCAAAGAGAGGUGAUGCAGGAUUUGUUGUGACUCCAUGAUUAUAAUGAAACGAGGAUAUAUAUGGGGACCUGGCCGCCGUUCUUCAACAAGCAAAUUUUAAGUUUUGAGGCUCUUUACACACUUGGAUCUCAGACAAAUGUAUCUUUUUUCCAUCUAGCUUGGAGAGAAAAGAGUUUUUAUGCAUAUUCAACCAUGCGUAUCUCUGGUGUGAGAAUCCAUCUGUUGGAGCUGGCUUCGGUUCACCUCUGCCAGAUCUGGGGCCUCUUUAUAUUCAAAACCACAACUAUGGCGGUUAUUUUCUACAAAACCGGAUUUAGAAAAUCUUUCAUCCGCUUCUGGAGAUCACUGAACUGGUUUUUUUCUGCUGUAGUUUGAAGGGAUUAUUAUUUUAUUUUAAUUUUUUUGGGGGGGUUGAGUAUUUUUAUGCAAUAAAGGUCUUGUUUUUGAAAA